AGAGAGCAUGUUAAACAAAUAUGUGUGAUUUGUGCCUCUGUUUUUUCUGACUCUCUAUGAAGGACGCCAAGCAGCUGCAGGCAGGAGAUACUGCUGUUCUGCCAAGUAUCAGUGAACUCGAAGCAGCAGAGCAGGAGGCAGCCCGGUUGGGCGGUACGACCGUCAUCCAUUUCCUGCACGUGGUAAUACUUGGUGCGGCACGCGUUGGAAAGACCAGCUUGCUGAAGGCGUUGCUUGAGAAGAUGCACAAUGAGAAUGAACUCAGCACACCCGGCAUGCGCACGUCCUACGCAACUACAAACAUCUCUGAUGACUGUCGAUUCAUCGAAUGCCCAGACAUGCCAGAUGCUCUGAGUCGACUCUACGUCAUCACCAUGAUGUGCAAACCAUCCACUUCGAAUCAUCCCCAAGACAAAGAGACAACACAAGAUGACAGAGAGAGAGCCCCAGCAGGAGAGGAUCCUGUGGCUGGGACCCAUGCAGGACCUAUGGAGGACAGCAGUAGCAGCAGCAGCAGAAGCAGCAGCAACGGGCCAGCAAUGCGCGAGGAAAUCCACGAGACCAUCACAGGAUUUCUCAACGCAGACCGGGUAAAAUACAUCUCUGACCGGGCCAACACGCCCAACUAUACCGUCAUCACAUUCCGCGACCUUGGAGGGCAGCAAGUCUACCAAUCCGUACAGCCCCUCUUCAUGGCCAAAAACACAGCCUUCAUUGCCACAUACAACUCUUCUCUGGAUCUUCUAGAGACCCUUCCCAAGUUCGAUGAAUUUCAGGUCAGCCGGGAAGAAUGUAUCGAGCGGGCCACUCUACCGGCCAAUGCGACUCGCCUAGACCAGCUGCUCGGCUGGCUCGACAUGCUGCUGCUGAAUGCGAAAGCUGACAGCAGCACAGACCAGAGUGCUGCAGAUGAUGUGUUUGUAGUGGGGUGUCAGAGUGACAGGUGGAACAAAACCGAUUUGCCUGAUCCUUGUAAGCUACUUCAAGAGAAGAUAAAAGGUACGCGGUACCAGAACCUUGUCUGGAACGACACUUCGCACUUCAAAAUCGACAACACCAGAUCCACUGGAAGUGCAGGACAAGCAGAUGAGCUGCAGCGAUUGAGAGAGGCCAUCAUCGACCGCUGCCAGAAGAGCCAACGUAACAUCCCUGUUCCAUGGCUCCGGUUCUGCAUAUCCAUACACACGCUCAAGCAGGAGGUCACUUGGCCUUGGAUUUCCUUCAAGGAGGCAAAGUUCAUAGCGAAGCAAGUCAAGGCUGUUCCACAUGACUGCAGUGACCGGCAAAUACAGCUGCUGCUGAAGUACUGCCACGAAGCAGGCCACCUGGCGUACUUCCCAACUUUCAAGCUGAAAGACACGGUCAUCCUGGAGCCCCAGUUCAUCCUGGACUGUGUCAAUGCCUUUGUCUACAUGAAGCCUGACCGAGACAUCACAGUGCACGAAGCGCGGUGCUAUCGUUCUGGGUUCAUGACGGAGUCCCUGGCACGCAAAGCUCUCAACAAGAUGUUCGAGGGUCAGUCUUACUGCGACCAUGCUAAGGCGUGGCAAGCAGUCAGAGCAAGCAGUGAUGGGUUCAAGCUCAUUUUUGAAAUCCUAGAAUGGCUCUCAGUCCUGGUAAUUGUGCAGGAUGAGAGGUCUGCUGAGCACGAGUUUAUUGUACCUGCAGUCGUCCUGGAGAUGGGCACGGACCCGCAAACGCCUUGUUCCUGUGCCUAUGUGUCCAUGAAGCACACAAACCGAGAUGAGUUGAUGCACUUUCCCGUGUUCCUGUAUUGGCAAUGCGUGGUGGAGGUGCUGCUUAAGUCACACAAGCGCUCGGCUGCCACACUGUCACGGUGCAGCGUUCGCCUUCGCUGGAACAGAGAUUGGCCGUGGCUGCACCUGCACUAUACACGCUACGGCUUACAAGUGUACGUCGAGUGCAAGGGCCGACACGGCGGUAGCGGAAAGUCUACGCUGGAUGAAGUCCGGGCAAUCGUGCUCACAGUGGUACGGAAGUGGGGCCUGCAGGUCGAAGUGAUCAGCACAUUGCCAUGCCCCUGCGGAGAAACAUCGGGCGAGGAGUGUUUACAGCAUGGCUUAUCUACGUGCCGCGCGCCAAGCUGUGCGCACGCCUUGGACGCUUCCACCCUAGUGGCUGAAGACUACCCACUGUGUACACGUUCAAAUCCGGAUAUACAGAUGAUCCGUGAGCAGGCCAUGUUCUGGCUGGGCCUUGACCAGGAUGCAUGUGGAAAGCUGUUUGACCCGAGAUCGGCCUCUCUUCCUUCAGCAGAAGCCUGUGCCAGUGUGGGCAGUAGAAGUGGUGGUCAAGGUGCUGGUGGAAGCGGUCAUCACAGCGCUGGUGGAAGCGGUGUUCACGACGCUGAAUUCAUGUCACUUGGUGCCAUUGGGUUAGUAAAGGCUUUCCUCGCAGGUUUAUAAUAUAAAUAGGUCAAAUACGUUGCCUUGGAGCGGACCAAUCAGCCGCUUUCAUUAACGAAGCGUUCAGGGUAAUGGAAACACUGACAAC